CCUACUGGCAUAGUACAGACAUGCUUGCAGACAUUCUCCAGGAAAGCGCAGCGCCAGUCAGACACUGGGUAUAAAGCAGCAUAUGACUCCCCAGCACCGGGCGGCGAUGAAUUGGGACGCAGGCGCGGACCAGGGACGACUGCCCCGGCAGACAUGAGACCAUAGGGGACCUGUCUGGGUGGCCUCAGGGAUAGGCGCUCCCCAAGGUGUGAAUGAGGCAGGAUGAACUGGACAGGCUUGUACACGUUGCUCAGUGGUGUGAACCGGCAUUCUACUGCCAUUGGCCGAGUAUGGCUGUCGGUCAUCUUCAUUUUCCGAAUCAUGGUGCUGGUGGUGGCUGCAGAGAGCGUGUGGGGUGACGAGAAGUCCUCGUUCAUCUGCAACACCCUGCAGCCCGGCUGCAACAGCGUGUGCUACGACCACUUUUUCCCCAUUUCCCACGUGCGGCUGUGGUCUCUGCAGCUCAUCUUGGUGUCCACCCCAGCGCUCCUCGUGGCCAUGCAUGUGGCUCACCAGCAGCACAUAGAAAAGAAAAUGCUGCGACUUGAGGGCCAUGGAGACCCGCUCCACCUGGAGGAGGUGAAGAGGCAUAAGGUGCACAUCUCGGGGACGCUGUGGUGGACCUACGUCAUCAGCGUGGUCUUCCGGCUGCUGUUCGAGGCCGCCUUCAUGUAUGUCUUUUACCUGCUCUACCCGGGCUAUGCCAUGGUGCGGCUGGUCAAGUGUGAGGCCUACCCCUGCCCCAACACGGUGGACUGUUUCGUGUCUCGCCCCACCGAGAAAACCGUCUUCACCGUCUUCAUGCUGGCCGCCUCGGGUAUCUGCAUUAUCCUCAACGUGGCCGAGGUGGUGUACCUCAUCAUCCGGGCCUGUGCCCGCCGAGCCCGGCGCCGCUCCAAUCCGCCCUCCCGAAAGGGCUCGGGCUUCGGCCACCGCCUCUCGCCCGAGUACAAGCAGAAUGAGAUCAACAAGCUGCUGAGUGAGCAGGACGGCUCUCUGAAAGACAUCCUGCGACGCAGCCCCGGCUCUGGGGCCGGGCUGGCUGAGAAGAGUGACCGCUGCUCGGCCUGCUGAUGCCACACACCAGGCCACCUCCCAUCCCAGCCCUCACCCACCUGGGCCCGCCAGGGAGUGCUCCUGCCAAACCAUCCUCCCCUUCCUCCAGGGCCUUCUGUCGGAAUGGCUGAGGGAGAGGGGAGCUGCCCAAGGUGACUGGGGUGUGGGCAGCUCUUGUUACCUGUACCCCUUCCUCUUCCCUCUCCCUCGCCCUGGGACCACUGGGGACAAGACAUAGGAUGCUCUGACAGCAUGUCCAAUUAUGAAACUAAUCUUAACCCUGUGCUGUCAGAUCCCCUAUUUCUGGAGUCACAUGGGUGGGGAGGGAUGUGGGCAAGUGGAGUGAAGGGGCGGCCGUGGACCUGUGGGUGGGGAGGGAGGAGAGCAGGAAAGGAGGACAUGUCUAUGGUGGAUGAGCCAGGGAGCAAAAAAGAAGCCGAUAGAUUGCAGUGGGGAUUGGUCAGGGCCUCCCUCUGCCUGAAACGUUACACAUUAAACAGGAUUUUACAGUAAAUGAA